UAGACUCAUCCAUCUUCAUAUUGAACAUCAUGUCGGCCGAAUUUCAGAGCGUCGAAAAAUCGCUUGAAAAACAUCUUCCAGAGAAUGAACUAGCGGAAGUCAGACGGAUUCUCUAUGGAAAAGAGUUGAAGCAGCUGGAUUUAGCAGGGGAUGCCCUAGCUGAAGCUGACUCUGGCGACUUUGAGCUUGUUGGCUAUCAGUUUGAUGCCCUGGAAGAGGAGACAAGGCCCCCGAGGGUGGUUCGUGUUGGCCUCAUCCAGAACAAAAUAGUUCUGCCGACGGACGCCCCCAUAGCGCAGCAGAUUGAAUCUCUCCACAAGAGAAUCUCAGAUAUCAUUUCUACUGGAGCAAAAUGUGGAGUAAAUGUCAUGUGUAUGCAGGAGGCCUGGACAAUGCCAUUUGCCUUCUGUACACGGGAGAAGCACCCUUGGUGUCAGUUUGCGGAGUCUGCAGAGGACGGCCCGACCACCAGACUGCUGCAGGAGCUUGCCAAAAAGUAUAACAUGGUGAUCAUAUCUCCGAUCCUGGAACGUGAUGAGAACCAUGGUGAUGUCUUGGCCAACACAGCAGUGGUGAUAUCAAACACGGGAGCAUAUCUCGGGAAGUCCAGGAAGAAUCACAUUCCUAGAGUCGGUGACUUUAACGAGUCGACAUACUAUAUGGAGGGUGACACGGGCCACAGAGUCUUCCAGACACAGUUUGGAAGGAUAGGGAUUAACAUCUGCUAUGGUCGCCACCAUCCUCCCAACUGGAUGAUGUAUGGUGUUAAUGGGGCUGAAAUUGUCUUCAACCCAUCCGCAACUGUGGGAGCACUAAGUGAACCCAUGUGGCCAAUCGAGGCAAGAAAUGCGGCCAUAGCCAACAGCUACUACACAUGUGCUAUUAACAGAGUUGGAACGGAGGUGUUUAAAAAUGAGUUCACAUCUGCUGAUGGCAAACCAGCCCAUAAAGACUUCGGACACUUCUAUGGUUCUAGCUAUGUGGCAGCGCCAGAUGGAAGCAGAACGCCGGGUUUGUCUAGAACCCGGGAUGGCCUGAUUGUGGCAGAGAUGGACCUCAACCUUUGUCGCCAAAUAAAGGAUCGCUGGGGCUUCCGGAUGACUCAGCGGCUUGACAUGUAUGCAAGAGAGCUGACUGAAGCUGUGAAACCAGACUAUGUUCCAGACAUUGUCAAGGAAAAUUGAAACAGUUCUAUGGAGGUGUCUGCAUGAAGAUAAGGAAAAAAAGACUUCAAAAACACAUUCCUUUGCUUCACAAAUUUGUUAAAAUAUAUAUUUGUUAAUGCUGAGUGUAGAGGGUUGUAUAGUUUCUGAGUGUUAGCUGUACUGCAUUAUGUCCAUACAUUUUACAAUCUGUUUUUAAUAUGUAAAACUUAUUUAAGACUUUUGCAGUAUUUUUACAGCCAAAUUUAGUGCCUAUGAAAAGAAUCUCCUUUCCACCUUCUGCAAUGUACCAAUUUCCUAUAUGAAAAAUUAUUCACCCUGACACCUUUAGUUAGUAACAAUCAGCAAAGUGGUUUUAAAUCAUCAACUGAAACCUCUUAGCAUAUGAGAACAUAUGUAGAUGUUUAUAUUGUUCAUGUUUAUAGCAAUCUUUAUACAAUGAUUUCGUUAGUAUAAGCUCUUUACAAACAUCAAGAUUAUACUCACAUGGGAUUGUCUUUAUUGUUUGUACAUAGGUACAUGUAUUACACAUUUUUCCACAAGGUGCGCUCUAUAAAUAAUCAUCUUGAAUUUGGAUUGGUAAAUGCACGUAAUUGAUUCUGUUCCAUGUUGGUUUUUGUGUAAUAAGAUAACUUGCUUUUGUAGUGAAGUUUUCUGAAGUCAACCCAUUCAAAUUUUAACAGUCAAUUCCUAAAACAUAUUAAAAUAUACUUUUAAUAGCAUUGACAAUUGUACCUCAUAUACUCAGACUGAUCUGGUUUGGUUUUAGAACUAUAAUUUGCUAGUCACAGGAAUAUUUGUAUUUAUGUUUAUAUAUACAUGGUGCUUGAUGUAAUAAAGCUAAACAUUU